CGGGGAAGCAGGAAGAUCAGAGUCGCUCUGCCUCUUGGUUUGUCCAACUGGCCUGUUGUUGGUGUUUCGCGACCGGGAAGAGCGCAGCGGGCAGCCUUCGACUCGACCAGUCACGGAUUGUGCCACAACGUCCCCGGUGUGUCCUCAGCGUACGCCGUCCGUCGAUAUUCAGCCUGUCCGCCCAAUCGAUAAUGCUAUCUGCCCCGCUGGCCAGGACCCUGUUCAUAACGGACUUGGCCGUGGGACGGGCCUUCGAUGAGACCAUCUGUUGGCCAUCUUCACGGCCACUUGAGAGCGUGUGUGGCUGUUUGGAAACCGCAGGCGGCCACACAGAGUCCAGCAACUACAACCGCUCCAGCUGCCAUGCAAGUAGAAAGACCAUCGUGACAUCUUCGUUGCCACCACAUGCAGUCCAAUCUUUUGCGCCCAAGGCGUCGAAAUCCCUAGGUACGCGGGCGUGCAGUGCCACUGUCACAUCUGAGCCUCGCUGCGACAUGUUGCGGACGCGCCGUCCGUCGCCCGCCGUUGAACAAGAGGCUGGCCUGCUGCACCACGGUGCGCCAAUCAUCCUCGCAAUCAACAAUAUGGCAGUUUGUCUUGUGAAUGACUGCUUGUCCGCCAGGCGUCUUUGCCCAUCAAUAGAAACAGUGCGUGAGACGAUAUCGAUGGAUUGCCAGAUGCAUCGGAUACAGCCAGACGGGCGACUCGCUGGGAAGCGCAUGCUGCACGAAGCCAACACCACCAACACCACCACCACCACCACCACCACCACCACUGCGCCCUCAUGCACGCAUGCCCGCGCUCUCUGCAAACUGCUGCUUGCUUCCAUCUGCCGGCCAGAACGACUUUUCCCCUAGGGUCUGCGAAGUGCGGGGGAACAUGGUUGAAAGUCGGCUCCUCUGAUGGUGAAACAAGGCCGCGACCAAGACGCUUGUCUCGUCGAGGGGCAAUUUUCGCUCCAAGGUUUACAAUAAGCGUCAAAGAUCCGCGGCGAAUCAAACUCUGUUGCAGAG